GCAGCGCUGCGUCAGCAGAGAGGGAAAGAUGGCGGCGCGCGCGCUGGUAGCGGCGGUAGCGGUGUUGGUGGUGUGCGAGUGUGUGCACGCGGAGCAGCAGGAGGCAGCCGGCGGUGCCGGUGACAGUGCCAGUACCGGUGGCAGGGUCGGUGGCAGCGGCGGUGGCGGGGACGCGCCUCACCGGCGCUUCGAGUACAAAUACAGCUUCAAGGGUCCCCAUCUGAGCCGGGACGGGAGCAUCCCCUUCUGGGUUCACACGGGGAGUGCCAUUCCGAGUGCAGAUCAGAUCCGGAUCACCCCCUCCCUGCGCAGCCAGAAAGGUUCAGUAUGGACCAAAUCUCCAGUCAACUUUGACAACUGGGAGGCGGAGGUGGCGUUCCGCGUGUCUGGCCGAGGACGGACAGGUGCAGAUGGACUGGCUAUAUGGUUCACUACUGGGCAGGGCCUUGAAGGUCCAGUAUAUGGUGCUGCUGACCAGUGGAAUGGUGUGGGAGUAUUCUUUGACUCCUUUGACAAUGAUGGAAAGAAAAAUAACCCAGCGGUCAUUGUGGUGGGGAACAAUGGAAAACUUGUUUAUGAUCAUCAGAAUGAUGGAUCAACGCAGGCUCUGGGUACAUGCCUUAGAGACUUCCGGAAUAAGCCUUAUCCCGUCCGUGCCAAAAUCACAUACUACAGAAAAACAUUAACGGUUCUGAUCAAUAAUGGUUUCACCCCCGAGAAGGAGGAUUAUGAGUUCUGUACCAGAGUGGAAAACAUGAUCAUUCCACCCACUGGAUACUUUGGCAUCUCUGCUGCUACAGGAGGACUGGCAGAUGACCAUGAUGUCUUAUCCUUCCUGGUGUUCAGGUUAACUGAGCCUGGAAAGGAAGUGCCCCCACCUGAACAAGAGAUUCCUAAAGAGGAGCAGGACAAGUACCAGGAGGAAUUUCAGAAUUUCCAACAAGAGCUGGACAAAAAGAAAGAGGAGUUCCAGAAGGAGCACCCUGACGUCCAGGGCCAGCCCCUGGAGGACCUGUACGAGAGCGUGAGCGACCGCGAGCUCCGUCAGGUGUUUGAAGGACAGAACCGGAUCCACCUGGAGAUCAAACAGCUGAACCGGCAGCUGGCCAUGAUCCUGGAUGAACAGCGGCGCUACGUCUCCGUCAUCACGGAGGAGAUCUCUAAACGAGGAUCUCAGUCAGGACAGGUUCCGAGUCAGGACAUGGGCACUGUAAUCACCACCCAGCAGGAGGUCCUGCGUAACCUGAAUGACUUAAGAAACACAUUCUCAGCCUCAGUACAGCAGCUGGCAGGGGGACAGCAGGGACACGCUGGAGGUUUGGGCUCAUACGAGACUGUGCAACACUUCAACGACAUUAAAGAACAUCUGCACGUCGUCAAGAGAAAUAUUGAGCACAUCAUCCAAAAAAAUGCGGGUCCAGCUGAGAAGACGCAAUGUCCUGAACUGCCCCCGUUACCAGCCUGCCUCACCACGUCACACUUUGUCAUUUUCGUGGUCAUUCAGACGCUCCUGUUUUUUGGAUAUGUCCUGUACAAAAAUCAACAGGAAGCAGCAGCUAAGAAAUUCUUUUGAUGAAACAGCUCAAAUGUUAUCACAGCACAGUAUUUAAAUGAGGGAUAGUUAUUGUUUGUGUUAUGUUUUUUGUUUAAAAGCUGUAAGUUAAUGUAUUUGAAAACUGAAAUAUUUUGAUUAUUUUUUUUUAAUUCAUUUUUUAAUUUGAUCUGAACUGUACAGGGUGUGAAUGAAUGGUCCCUCUUGCGAGUGUGAGAUGUAUUGGUUUAAGAUCCCCAAAUCCGAUGUAAUAUAUUUGUUAGUCCUCAGAGAGAGAAUGUUCUGAAUUUGUACGGCACACUGUUCUACAUGUUUUUUUUUUGCUUCAGGAACUCAACCACUGUCCCCUGAACUGUUGCUGUACUGUGGAAUCUAGAUCAUUGGAAGCAGAAUUUGUUCUUUUUCCAGGGGGAAAUGCAGUAUUCCAGUGUUGUAGCAGAACUGCCAAACCCACUACGCCAAGGCCCAGGGGUUCUGAAUGUGUUUUGAAUCUUUGAAACUUGGACAAAUUAUAUUUUUCUCUCAAACAAUUUACAUAAACGGAACACAAACCCACGUA